AAAAAAAAAAAAAAAAAAAAAAAAACGCGACGAGGAUUAUUGAGCAAUCAAUAAUUAUUAUUUCCAAGUUAUAACUGACUUAGCAAAGUCAUGUUAUUUAUUAAUCGAGAAACAGAAGCAGUUAUAUUUUAUUAGUGCUACUAGAAGUCGAGAAAUUAUUCCGACUGCAACGCAAAUUCAAUCUACGGAUUUAAUCUAGAUUCAUAUUACUGUAUUAGCAUCACCAAGGCAUGAGGAUAUAAUUCAUUUAUUCAUCAAUCUCAUUCUCAUACUUUACAAACUCUUAUAACCAAUUACAGUUUCACCUAUCAAUGCUAUGAAGUAGAUACAUGAAUAUGCUAGACAUAUAUGUAAGCAUACAAUCAUCAUUAUUUUUUUUCCACUCCCUAAUGUCUCCUACACUAUACACGCAUAAUCUCCACUUCUCCACUCCACCAACUAUCUCCACCACCUUUUGCUUUCUUCCACUACAUUUUUUCUCACCACCCUUUCCACUCCACUAAUUCCACUACACCAAACUUUCCACCUACUCCCUUCCCCACCACACGCAAGAAUGCAUCUAACAUUCCAUUAUACAGGCAACAAUCUUUUCAUCAUCUUCAUUCUUCACUAAGGAACCGAAGAGCAGCCACGAGUUCUGCCAUAAGUACACUGCUCCGGCAGUGUUUUGCAAGGCGAUUCCAGCCAUCCAAAAGGUUCCCAAAAAUUCCCAAAUUAAUUGUGUAUCAUCUUUCAUAUGUUUUCUAUACUUUGGCAAAAUUUCAGAAGGUUUGAAGCUCUUAUGAUUUAUUUAUGAAUUUGUAAACAUCACUGCCCAUCUGGAAUACAUUUUUGGUAAACAAUCUUUGGGAGGCCAUAAGUAAAGUUUCAAUCGGUGAAAACCUUUGAAACUUGAAUAUGUCACUCUAGACUCCCGUAUCUUUCUUUUGACAUCGGCCUCACCAUUUUUGAAUAAGGGAAACAACCGGUAUAAAUUCUUGAAAUCUAGUUCUUAUUCCAUGUACCAUCCAGUAGAUUUUACAAACCUACGACUUUGAGGUGGCAAAGCCCGACUUAAAUCUUUGAUUCUCAAGCCUAGCUUUCUACUGAAUAUUCAAUGACAUGUUGGGAACUUACUUGCUUAGUUUUAGAAUUUUUGGUGAAGCCUAAAGUUGGUUUUCUGAUUUAUGUUAUGAAUCUGCCAAACUUGAACGCUUUUUGUGCACUGAACUUUAGACAGUCAUAUCUUCUAAACCAUGAAUGUUCUUAGAUUAAAUCCAACUGGAGAGUGUUAUGAUCUCUCCCUAGUUUCCAGAUUGACCCUUGGGGUUCCCAGUGGAGUUUUGUAAAGGGAGAUAUGAAUUUUUAAAGAAAGCCCACUGACUUGGUUGUAAUCUGGAAAUCUGAAAUUUUCAGAUUUUUGCUUGUUAAAUACCCAUCUUUGAGAGGGCAUAUCUUGCUCGUUUGAAUUGUUUUUCAUUCGAUUCAAAUUGGAGAAUGAUCCUUGAAAUGUCUAGUUUCCAGAAUGUCUUUUGGAGCAUCAUUUGGAGAUCCGAGGCAGAUUUGGUGUCUGUUGCAAAACAACCCCUUAAGAGCUCAAGUUGUUGAAUUAUUUUCUAUGUAUCAAAGUUUAUUUUAAAGGAUGUUUCAUGAAAGAUUUCGUUUAUGUGCGUAACAAGUUUGGGACUAUUUAUUUUAAAUGAGGUCCGUUCUUUAUUUAAAUUAUGAUGGACUUUUAAUGAAUAUUUUUGGGAUUAAACUCUUAUUUCUUGAUUUAUAUAAAUUAUUUUUUUUAAGGACUUAUAAAUAUGAAUUUCGUAGGCCUACUGACCUACUGUGAUCGACGGUUUGUCGAUGUCUAAUAGCUUUGAAAAUUUUAUAGCAAGUCCUGACAUGAGUCUUGAGUACCCUGGUAAAAUUUCAAGCCAUUCCAACUUCGUUUGAUACUUCUUUAAAAUGCAAAACCUAAACUGCACAUAACUACCGAGAAUUUCAGAGAACAGAUGAAAGAGUCAUUUAUUUCAGUAGCUUCCUGUGUGAUCUAGCUUUCCAAAUUUUUAUGGUAUUAACCUUAUUGUGUUAGCUAGAUAUCCACCAAAGUUGAGCCCAGUUUGACAACGUUUACUAUUUGUCAAAAAUCCAAGUUUUCGAUUGUUCAAAACUGCCGAACAUGGUAGAUCGUGGUAAAAACGUCAUAUCUCUCAAACCACUUGGAGUUUUCGACUCUACUUUUUUUUUAUAUGAAACUAGAUUCGAAGAUCUUUCUUUCGGUAUGAGUCUCGAGUCCAGGAGAUGUCGGAGUCAGAACAGAUUAAAUUUUGAAGUUGAGUCAGUGUAAAAACAGAGCAUGUUUUGAUGAUGUUUGAUUGUGAUUCUUAUGUGCCUUAUGUGUUUGUGUUGCCUAUGUGUUUGAAUGAGAUUAGACGAGGUAUGAUUGAUUUUUGACUGUCUUUAAUGUAACGAAUUAUGGAUGCUAGAACCCUAAAACACUAAAAGAUACCCUAGGCACGUAGAAUUAGACUUUGUCUUAUGACAAUUACUUCACGAACUUAUCGACUCUUCAUCAAUGAAGGUCCGGGCGACAGAAAGUGAAGCCGAAGAAGAAACGACUCCACGCCAGCUUUAAGAACAAUUGAGAAUGCCGCCUAAGAGAGGACGCCCUGCGAAAAACAAUAACAAUCGCAGAAACCGUAACGCUGUACCCGAAGAACCACAAGAUGCUCGAGGACAUAACCCAUCCCCUCCGCCUCCGACUAGGAGAGUCGAAGAACUCUUUUUAAGGCAAAAUCCACCUACGUUUGACGGAACGAGUGAACCGGCUGAAGCUGAGAUUUGGGUGCGUGCAAUGGAACGCAUUUUCAACUUUCUACGUUGUACUGAUGAGGAGCGCCUAUCUUGCGUCUCUUUCCAACUAACAGGAUCAGCUGACUUCUGGUGGGAAGCACGUCGAAAAAUUCUGACACCUGAACAAUGGGCAAGUUAUACUUGGGAAGAUUUUAAGACGGGAUUAUAUGAUAAAUAUAUUCCGAAAAGCUAUAGGAAGAAGAAAGAAGCUGAGUUCUACGAGUUGAAGCAAGGAAAUAAAUCUGUGGUUGAAUACGACAAGGAAUUCUGCAACCUGUCUAGGUUUGCUCCGCAACAAGUGGACACAGAUGAGAAGAUGGCAGAGAAAUUUUGUGCCGGUCUACGGUACGAAAUUAAGAUGGCUCUAGCAAGCCACGGAGGACUCUCAUACACGGAGUCUUUGAACAGGGCACUUGACGUUGAAGCUGCAAUGCCGUCGGACAAGUCAGCCCCAUUGUUGAUCUCAACGCCAAAUGAUCCACCAGUAGCCUCACAUACUCUCAAAGGGAAGCGCAAGUGGGACAACAACGAAGACAAUAUCAAUCAGACUAGUAAGAAAGUGUGGCAAGAAUAUGAACGGGCCGAACAGUUUAUUCAACCAAGGCACGAGGCACAGACUAACCUCGAGCGAACUGGGGGUAACCAAGGUCAGAAAGGAGUUUUACCUUGCCCAAAUUGUGGUAAGAUGCAUAGGGGUAUUUGUCGGGCUGGAACUAACGGUUGUUACAAUUGUGGCCAAAAAGGUCACUACUCCACGCAAUGCCCCAAUAGACAACGAGGUUCAGCAGUUGGGAACACCCGCACCCCCUUGCCAGCAAUACGUGGACACUUGCGAAAUCAGCCUCAAUCACAUCAGUGAAAAUCUUAUGGAGACACCGCAGACAAGAAAAGCUACGUGGGAGCUUGAAAACAAGAUGAAGGAAAAAUACCCCGAAUUGUUUUAGCAGAGAUAUGCAAAUUUCGGGACGAAAUUUUUGUUAAGAGGGGUAGUAUGUAGUAGCCCGCUCUUUUAUUUAUGAUAAAAACUAGUAAAUGCAAUUUUUUUAUAAAUGAAUCCAGUUUAUGGUUCUGAUUUUUUUUAUCAGAGGCAGAGUUAUCAUUUUAGCGUUAUAUUUUUAUAACGUAUGAAAAAAAAAAAAAAAAAAAAAAAAACGCGACGAGGAUUAUUGAGCAAUCAAUAAUUAUUAUUUCCAAGUUAUAACUGACUUAGCAAAGUCAUGUUAUUUAUUAAUCGAGAAACAGAAGCAGUUAUAUUUUAUUAGUGCUACUAGAAGUCGAGAAAUUAUUCCGACUGCAACGCAAAUUCAAUCUACGGAUUUAAUCUAGAUUCAUAUUACUGUAUUAGCAUCACCAAGGCAUGAGGAUAUAAUUCAUUUAUUCAUCAAUCUCAUUCUCAUACUUUACAAACUCUUAUAACCAAUUACAGUUUCACCUAUCAAUGCUAUGAAGUAGAUACAUGAAUAUGCUAGACAUAUAUGUAAGCAUACAAUCAUCAUUAUUUUUUUUCCACUCCCUAAUGUCUCCUACACUAUACACGCAUAAUCUCCACUUCUCCACUCCACCAACUAUCUCCACCACCUUUUGCUUUCUUCCACUACAUUUUUUCUCACCACCCUUUCCACUCCACUAAUUCCACUACACCAAACUUUCCACCUACUCCCUUCCCCACCACACGCAAGAAUGCAUCUAACAUUCCAUUAUACAGGCAACAAUCUUUUCAUCAUCUUCAUUCUUCACUAAGGAACCGAAGAGCAGCCACGAGUUCUGCCAUAAGUACACUGCUCCGGCAGUGUUUUGCAAGGCGAUUCCAGCCAUCCAAAAGGUCCGGGCGACAGAAAGUGAAGCCGAAGAAGAAACGACUCCACGCCAGCUUUAAGAACAAUUGAGGUUGAGCUGUGAUGGGCGAUGAAGUGUUGUUGCUGAGUGGAGUUUUUGUCGAACUUAAAGUAGGCUCAGAAAGGGUACAUGUCUUCAUACAUGUAUCUCAGUUAUGCAUUCCGCUAUAAACACUGAUUAUUUCAGUUACGCCUUCCGUUGCAAACUCUGAUAAUAUUUUAGCCAAGCCCCUAACGAUGCCUUUUUCCUUUUAAGGAAUAUAACGCGUAUACAAGUUCUUUGAGUA